AUGUUACGAGAUCAGAAUUUGACACGCGAUUCCUCUUGCAAUCUUCAACAGUCGGACAAAACCACAAUUUCAACUUACGGAACUAUAAGUCACAAUCUCAAUUUUGGUUUAAAUCGAAAUUUUAUCGGGAAAUUCCGAGUUGCCGACGUAAGUCAACCGAUCAUCGGUGUUCGCUUUCUGAAACACUACAAGCUAUUUGUUAACCACACUAACAAUUCUCUCAAUAACUUUAACCGUUUGCUUUUUAAUGAAAUGUUACGAACAAAAGUUAAUAUAUUGAAAUAA